CACUCGCCUCCCACUGGGCAAUAUUUCAUCAUAUUCCAAAUGGAAGCGAUAUCUACGCAAAACCAAGAUUCCCAUAUCACUGAAACUAUCACUCUCUUCUCAAGCCAUUUCCUUUCAAAUCUUUCUGAAUUGCUAUGGCUUUUGAUUCUCUCACUUCUGGCUUUCACUGAAGCAUUCCUAAUCCUGCAAAACUUUGAACUUAGAACCCAUUUCCUCCUUCUCUGUAUUUUUCUUCUGUGUUUUGCACUGAAACACUUUCUUUCAAAGCCUCCUCCAGUUUACCUCGUGGAUUACUCGUGUCUGAAACCACCAGCUUCUUGCAGGGUUCCCUUCUCAAUGUUCCAAGAAAAUGCCUCCGCUGUUGGUUUUGACAAAGAGAGCGUCACUUUCAUGGCCAAGAUCCUCACUUCUUCUGGACUAAGUGAAGAGACAUGUCUACCUCCUGCAUUACACUACAUUCCUCCCAAAUCCCAUCAUAGUGAAUCCAUAAGAGAAGUUGAAAUGGUUCUUUUUCCUGUCGUUGAUGAUCUCUUAGCUAAAACUAAGGUUUCUCCUCUUGACAUCGACAUACUUAUAUCGAACUGUAGUGGCUUUUGUCCUGUCCCUUCUUUAAGCUCCAUUAUCAUCAACAAAUAUUCCAUGCGAAGUGACAUUAAAAGUUACAGUAUCUCUGGUAUGGGGUGUAGUGCAAGUGCCAUCGGCAUCGAUUUGGCUAAGAAUCUUUUGAGUGUUCACAGGAACUCCACCGCCGUUGUCAUCAGCGCUGAGAUUUUAUCAACAGGUUGGUACCCUGGUAAAGAGCGUUCCAAGUUGAUCCUUAACUGUUUGUUUCGGAUGGGAAGUGCAGCGAUAUUGCUCUCAAACAAGAAAGAAAUGAGGAAUUAUUCCAAAUACAAAGUGACUAGGACCCUCAGAACCCAGAGAGCCUUCGACGACAGAACUUAUUUCGCUGCCUUUAGGGAAGAGGAUUCACAGGGAAUGCUCGGAGUGACGCUGAAAGGAGAUGUGUUUCAAGUCGCUGGUGAAACUCUUCGUUCAAAUAUCUCCAUUUUAAGUCCUAAAAUCCUUCCUUUUACAGAGAAAUUCUGGUACGUUGUCUCGUUAUUAAAGAAUAAGAUGAUGAACAAGACACAAGGUAUUCAUCAUGUGCCGAAUUUCAAGACAGCGGUUGAUCAUUUUUGCCUGCCGUGUACUGGGUGGCCGGUGAUAAGGGAGAUCGGAAAGGGGUUGAAGCUUGCAGAGAGCGACAUGGAAGCUGCAUUGAUGACUCUGUAUAGGUUUGGGAACCAGGCAUCAUCUUCUCUGUGGUAUGAAGUUGGUUACUUGGAAGCCAAGGAAAGAGUUAAGAAGGGUGAUAAGAUUUGGCUAAUUGGAAUGGGCAGCGGGCCCAAGUGCUGCAGUGUCGUUUUGGAGUGUAUUAGACCCAUAAACGGAGAGGCAAACGGGGGCCCCUGGGCUGACUGCAUCCAUCAAUACCCACUUUCGGCUCUUGAUUCGUAACCAUACCUAUUCAAUGUACUUUGUUCCUUGAUUUUUACGUUGAGAGAAAGAUAUAUUCACUUUGUUCCAAGAUAAUUUUCUAUUUUUAAAUGUUAGUCUUUUCAUCAAAAUAAAUAUUCUUUGAUGAAAGCAGUAAGUAUAUUUUUGUAUCAUUUUAUUUAUUAUUGAUGAAAAUAUGUAAUAUGUUUAAUUUGAGCUCAAGUUCAUAAUA